AAAUUCUAGAACUUCAAAUGUCACCUACUACGAAAAAUUAUAUAAAAAUCUUGACCUAUUACAUUUGAAGGAAAGCAGAAAAAAAGAACCAAACUGAACGAACCUAAGAUCAGCUAGAGAUUUUGGAACGAGCCCCCAGUUACAGCGCCACCUCGCGGCGACGUAAUCAGUCAGCAGUCCCAUUCUUCAAUCUUCUAUCUGUCAAUUUGCCAGCAAUAAUAAUAUUCGAAGUGGAGUACAAUAUUAAAAAACAUUAAAGAAUGACUGUAAAUGAAUCUUUUAGUCAAGAUGCUGAAAAAGAAGAGGCUAAAGAAAGUGACUCGGACGAAAUCGAGAAAAGUCAUAUUACUACUUAUGUACGAGAAGUUCAGGAGAGAUUAAAUUUUAAAAAAGAACUGAGAACUGCAAACCAAAACGCUCCAACGACCCGUCCAAGUGACUCCUAUUUCAGUAAAUUAGACUCGAGUUUAAAAAAGAAUACAGCUUUUGUGAAAAAAAUUAAAAACUUUUCGUCCUCACAGGUAGACACUUAUCUGAAGGAUAUGUCAACUCUAAAUUUGUCAAAGUACAUAUCCGAAAUAGCGGCUGCUAUUGUAGACUCAAAACUAAAAAUGACGGAUGUGCCGGCAGCUGUAAAACUUUGUAGUAUCUUACACCAAACAUACGCAGAAUUUUCACAACACUUAUUUGAAAAUUGGCAGAAGACGUUGGCAAUAAAAGUAGGAGAUAAAAUACCAAACUCUAGUAAAUUGCGAGUGGAUUUGAGGUUCUAUGCAGAAUUAUUGCAAGCUGGUAUAUUUACAAAUAAAAAUGCUUUAUCCUUACUGGGUUCGGUUUUAACAACUUUAAUUAAUAUGGACAAAGAAGAUCAUUUCAAUAUAGCUAUUAUUUUAAGUUUCUGUAAGCAUUGCGGAGACGAUUAUGCAGGUUUAGUUCCAAGGAAAAUGCGUGAACUUUCUGUGAAAUAUAGUAUUGAGGUUCCAAAAAGCAUAUUCUUAGCUCCAGAGAAACAGCAAAACGUCCGAAGCUUGUUGAAAGAUUAUUACUUGUCACUUAGUAAACAUUUAUUGAAAGACCACCAAGAAAUGCAAAAUUUUGAAAAACAAAACAUGAGGAUAUUGCAAACGAAGGGCGAGUUGAGUCAAGAAAGAAAGGAUAAACUGGAACAGUUACAGUCUGCUUACGACAAAUUGCUAACUAAUACUCAAAGUUUUUCCGAGAUUUUGGACGAAGAUAUGCCUGUGUUGAAAACACAAACUUUUCCAAAAAAUGAAGAGAGUAUGAUAGUGACCGGCUCUGGACCGGAUUUGGAAGAAGGGUCCGCUAAUAUCGAAAACAUUUGGUGUGAUGUUGAAACGCAGCGUUUUUACUGCGAUCUCCCCGAAUUAACCGUAUUCCUUCCAACGGCGUUUUUAAAUAAAGGACAAACACCGCCACCCACGGAGACCGUUACGGAAGAGGUCCUGGAUUCUGAAUUACCGGUCGAAGAUCUGGACGACGAUAGUAAAUCCGAGGAUCCUCCAGCCGUAGACGAAGAAAUCGAAGACCCCGCGGCCACUACGGCUAGUAAUAAAAUAGUCCUGGAGGCUUUCCUAAACAACUUACCGAACUGCGUGAAUCGAGAGAUGAUCGACAACGCAGCCAUCGAUUUUCUGGUAACCCUGAAUAAUAAACACAACCGUAAGAAGCUGGUCCGGGGUCUCUUUGGUGUGAAUCGUACGAGACUAGAUCUACUUCCGUUCUACGCUCGGUUUGUCGCCAUACUCCACCCGGCUCUGCCGGAAGUCGGUAACGAAUUGUGUCAAAUGUUACGUCAGGAUUUCAAGUACCACGUCAGGAAAAAGGACCAGAUUAAUAUCGAAUCGAAAAUAAAGGUAGUUCGGUUCAUCGGAGAGCUCGUCAAAUUCAAGCUUUAUUCGAAGAUCGAGGCUCUCUACUGCUUGAAAGUUUUACUGCACGAUUUUUCCCACCACCACAUAGAAAUGGCAUGCAACCUGUUAGAAGUUUGCGGGAGGUUUCUGUAUUGCAGUCCGGAUUCCCACCAAAGGACGAAGGUCUACUUGGAACAGAUGAUGAGGAAAAAGUCUGUGAUGGCUUUAGACUCGAGGUACGUUACCCAAAUCGAGAACGCGUAUUAUUACGUUAACCCGCCGGAAGUGGUGACUAUCACGAAAAAAGAGAGACCCGUCAUGCACCAGUUUAUCAGGAAACUGUUGUAUCAGGAUCUGCAGAAGAAUAACACGGAUAAAAUCAUGAGGCUCGUGAGAAAACUGGACUGGAGCGGUCAGGAGAUAUCCACGUACGCGAUAAAGUGUCUGACGGGUGCCCACAAUCUGAAAUAUUUCAACAUAAGGUGUUUAGCGAAUUUGUUGGCCGGUCUGGUGGCUUACCAGGAAGAGGUGGGCACUAAGGUUGUAGAUGGCGUCCUGGAAGACAUCCGAUUAGGCAUGGAGGUCAACCUCCCAAAAUUCAACCAAAGGAGAGUCGCGCAAGUGAAAUAUUUAGGGGAGUUGUACAAUUACAGGAUGGUCGAGAGCGCCGACGUGUUUAAGGUGUUAUAUUCCCUAAUAUCGUUCGGCAUUUCAAUGGACCCCAACGAAUCGUCUCCCUUGGACCCGCCAAAUCAUCUCUUCAGGAUCAAGCUUGCGUGUGUCUUAUUGGAAACUUGCGGGACGUACUUCAGCAGCGGAAGCAGCAAACGAAAACUGGACUAUUACCUGGUAUUUCUCCAGGCUUACUAUUGGUACAAAAAGGAGUUGUGGAAGGAGGCGUUCCCGCCCAACCUGGAUCACAUAUUCAAAGACACGCUUACCACGCUCAGGCCCAAAUUGAAGCUGUGCCAAAGCUACGAAGAGGCCCUCGAGGAACUCAAUAAUAUCCGGACGUUACUGGGCGUAGAGAAACUUUUGGAAAUGGACAACAAAGUGACGAACGAGGACGGUCUAGACACAAUAACGGAAAUGGAUAACGAGGAGGUCGGAGAAGACGAGAUGUCGGAAGGCGUUACUGGACCAAUCACGGACGACACCGCUACCGAGGACGAGACUGUCGAUCACACGCAAGGUUCCGAGGAUGAAGGUGAACAAAUGACCAGCGAGGCGGAACAAGACCCCGUAUCCGAAUCGCUGGCAAUACCGAAGGGGCCGAAGAAAAUGGAAUGCCCGGAAGACGCGGAUUUCCUAAACGCUCUGGACAAGAUGGUGUCGGAAAACAUACAGGAGCGAAUGAGGGAGCCCGUGAAAGCUGGAAACGUCGACAUUUCCGUGCCCGUAGUAGUAAAAUCCAACGUGAAGAAAACCUACGAACAGCUACAAGAGACGACGAAUAAGAACGAGCCGGGCAAGAUCGGGUUCGUCCUGAUGGUACGGAAGGGCAACAAGCAGCAAUACAAACAGUUCGAGGCGGACAUCGAUUCCGAACUGGCGCAGAACCUCAGGGAUCAGGAGUUGGCCCAGAAGGAGGAAAAGGAGAAAGUUAAACGUUUGACGUUGAACAUAACGGAGAGGUUCGAGGAAGAAGACUACCAGGAAAUGAUGCAGCAACAGAACAGGCCGGUGACGCAGAACUUGAAUAGGGAAAGGAAGAAGUACCAACAUCCGAAGGGAGCGCCCGAUGCGGAUCUCAUUUUUGGGCCUAAAAGAGUUCGAUAGCGAUAGGCACGGCCAGCUCACAGGUUUACGUUUUAAAAUAAUUCUGCUCGAGGCGUACGGAGAUUGCUAAAAUGCUUGACGGAGGACGGUUGUCGUAAACGGAACGGAAUUCGUAGGGUAAUUUGAGUAAUGUAUAUGAGUAAUUUUUGAUUGGAAUGAAUUAUGUAGGUGCAACAAGCAAUUUAGAUUGUACAAAUAAACUGAAAAUUAAGCAUA